AUGGCCUCCGAAGCUUACUCACGCCUUUAUUUGUCAGGCUCCAGUGUUGAUGGUGAGUUAUGUCCUGGAGAGUCCACCUCUGCCGAGCCGAGAAUAAUGGUCAGCCAGGCCGAUGGACAUUCAUUAUCAAGGUACAGCCGACUAAGUCGAAGCCCCGACCGUCUGUCGCGCAUUAUGAGCAAGCGACGCACCAGUGGUGCCACAACGAGCCUCUUGGCUGUCAGCAAUGCUCCUCUUAACGACACAGGGCUGGGAAUCGAGUGGCUUGGGGGCUUCUCACCGAAAUCAGCAGCCACAUUAUCGAACAUUUCACCAACUGCAGCCACUUCUUCCGCCAUUGUCACUGUCGGCCGCAGACGGGCUGGCAGCCGAUGGGGUAGAGGACGUGAUGAUACUCGAGAUGAUGGCGCCAGUUUACGCAGCGGAACGCCUUUUGAUUGUUUGCAUGGUCAGAUUACCCAUUCAAAUGUCAACGCAGGUAGCGGAACGGCUCCCAAUAGCCUGAUCCUUGGCAACAGUUCACUGUCCGGCUCGAGAAACAGUUUGGCCAGAACAACGACUGCAAAUAGUGUGUCAGUGGGUCAGGGGAACUGGCGCAAGCUAAUGCGUAUGUCUGACGAAUUUUCCUGGAAUAUGCGUCUCUUAGUCGGUCAGGAGAGACUCAUUAGCAUGGCUUUGCUUCAAGUUACAACAUGGUUGCGCCAAGCUCGUCAGGUUGCAGGCAUGACUGGUCUCCUGAUCAUUCCAUCUAAGUCCUAUGAUGGUAGAGACCACAGCUAUGCAGUUGACAAGGCUUGCGCCAACAUCCGAAGCAACACCCAGAGAGAGGAUGGCAUACAGGUGAGCGUGACACAAAUGCAGGAACUUGCUGCAGAGAGGCGGCCGACUGAAACGAGCGAACGGAAGACGCUGGCUAGACCGGAGUCAACUAAUACAAUGGGCCGUAACAAAUCACCUCAAAAUAAUACUGGUCAGAGCACAUCUGCUUCUCAACAUGCCAGACGGUAUAGAAAGAAUGAGUCUAUUGCUGUCGACUCGUCCUCUUAG